CGCGCCUUGUGUGUACCUGUGUCGAUUACCAUGUACGAGCAGGAAACGGACGGACGAGGAUACUUGGUGUACCGGAACCGCUACAACGGCAGGGAAGAGCAAGAUAAUCCGAAUCUGCUGCUCAUACUGCUCACAAUCAACGAGAAGCAUGCCGCCUCGCGCUACAGUACCUACCGUUGCGCGGGCAAACUGUAUGAUUUGCAGAAAGCCCUCCACACUUCCACUAUUCCGUUCGAGCUAGUUUGCUCUAUCUUAGACCGACACCAGCUGAACCUAAUCGACAGUGCCCCGUCGGUGAAGCCGGCCCCGCUUACGGCUGCCAUCCACGAUAUCUACUUUGCGGCUGCCCGCAUGGGGUAUUUUGACGAGCUAACGACGGCACCGAACCCCGGCACGGCAUCCGCGCUGUUGGCCAGCUUUCUUUGGGCUGUGUUCGAUCCACGGCGCACGACCCCAAUCUCGGUGCUUGAGUUGCGCCAAACGUUUCUGCUGUUGUGCGAUCAUCCGCACCACACGCAGCUCGUCCUGGAGCACUUCCGGCUAGCGAGCGACCACAAUCUGUGCGUGUCACGGCAUCGGUUCGAGACCAUGCUUGGCGUACUGUCGAAGCUACUCGCUUACCUGGGCGAACCCGAGCACCUGCGGCCGACCAUGGUGCAGCAAAUCACGGCCGAGUGCUUCGCCAGCUACCCCGGGCUGGUUGGUCUAACGGAGUAUCAAUUUUCCUGCCUGUGGAAGCUCUCCUCGCUAUUUUCGUACUACUCGAACGUGGUGUCACUGUGCAGGCGGUUCCGUGAUACUGACGGCGUAGUGCACAGUGGUGCACCGUGUACCGGCUGCCAUUUCACGAUCCGUGGUUUGCGCUUCCAGUGCCAGCGUUGCAGUGGCGUAUCGUUGUGCACCGACUGCUUCACGGCCGGUUACACCGACAAACGGCACAAUGUGUCGCACAAGAUGUACGAGAUAAGCGGUGACGAGCGCGAUGGCCCAAAGUGUACCGCCUGGUUCGGAACCGUUUGGCGCUGGUUCACCAGUUAUGGAACGGUAAAGCGAGAACCGGCAACCGGCGUCCUCUCAACGUUCGAUCAUAUCGAUGCGAAGCUAAUCGACACGAAGGCGGUCGAGGUAAUGAGCAGCACAGGCCACGAAAGCGCGGGACCGCUGCUUCCAGCGGACGCAUCGAUGGCAGGCAUGCUGCUGAUGGGCCGUUCCAUGUCGCGUAACCGCAGCUCUACCUUGCGCCGCAAUGUAAGUGGUUUUAUCGUCGGCAACGGUGGCGACGAGACGGCGGAGCGUAGACAGUUGCUGUUGAACUUGGGCAACGUGACGGAGGCACUCGAAGAACAGCACAGGUGCGGUGCGAAGCAGCUAUCGGAAUGGAAGGACAGCCCGGUCGAUGGGAAGCCGACACGCAGCAACGAAAUGUGCGCCUUCGUCGAUAAACACCUGCAGCAGUUGUCUGAGCAGUUGAUUCAAUUGAAACGGAUCCAUUCGCAGCUGCUGGAGUGGGGCGAAAGAGGAACAACGGGAGGAGCACCACAAAGCUCCAGCACACCAUACCGCAGUGCGGCUAGCACCAUGGAAACUCGUGCAGACGGCGAUUCUGCCGGUUCGAAGGUCCAUACAACGCUUCCGGUAUGCGCGGAGCGCCGCGAAUCGGACCGUGCACCGUCCACCGCGGGCCGGUUGAAUAAAACGGAUUUUUCGGUGCGUGACAUCAGUGCCUGGUUUCAUGCCGAUCAACCAAUCCCACCGACGGAGCAGCAGCAAUCCGAAGGCGACCGUAGCACUGGAUUCAACCGAACGGACGAUGAACGGUCGCGGCGGCUCGUGGAACGGUUGAGGCUCGACACCGAUCUGGUUAACUUUCGCGAGCUGCUGCUGAAGGUGCGGGAAAUCGUCGACGACUCGUACAGCGAUAACGCCGAGCUCGCCCACACAACGCAGCAGUUUGAGCGGGCCCUCGAUCAAAUUAUUGCCCAGGAAGAGCUGAAGCAGAGAUCAAAGCAGAGUGUGGUGGUGGGUGCUGGUGACAGUGCCGCCCUGUAG